CACAUCAGAAGGAUAAAUAGCAAUGGGCGUCAGCCAUGAUACCUAUGCUCUGAUCUUCCUUCGCCAUCGAGUUCCGUUCCAAUUUCUUCGAAAGCAGAACCCACGAUACCAAUGACACAAGUCCGUGUGGGCGCUGUUCAGGUCGAGCCCGGCUGGGUUCACCUAGCCGCCAGUGUCGCCAAAACCAUCGCAUUGAUCAAGGAAGCCGGGGCAAAGGGUAUCAAUGUCCUUGGCUUUCUGGAGGUAUGGAUUCCAGGUUAUCUGUGGACGAUGUGGACAGGCAGUGUCGUGGAAAAUGUUGACCUUAUGCACCAGUAUAUGGCCAAUUCGCUCAGGCGUGAUUCCGCCGAGAUGCGUGCCAUUCAACAAGCCGUCAAGGAGGCAGGCCUCUUCAUCGUGCUUGGCUACAGUGAACGCGAUGGCGAGAGUCUGUAUAUGGCACAACCAUUCAUCAACACUGGUGGUGAGAUCGUGCACCACCGGCGUAAGAUCAAGCCCACGCAUGUCGAGCGGUCGAUCUGGGGCGAGGGUCAAGCCGAGUCCCUCCAAAUGGUGGUCGAUUCCCCCUUUGGUCGUAUUGAUGGCCUCAAUUGCUGGGAGCACUUGCAGCCGCUGCUGCGAUUUUACGAGUACUCGCAAGGGGUGCAGAUUCACGUCGCCAGCUGGCCGCCGGAAUUCCCAGCACCCAAAGGAUUGAAAUGGAAACAGAUGUGGCCACCCGGUGGAGGAUUCUCUGCGAUCUUCGGAGCAGAUGGCGCCUGUCUCGUCGAAGCGGCCUCCGGAAGCGAGGAAUGUAUCCUCCAGGCUGACAUCGACCUCCAAGAUAUAGAUUAUGCCAAGGCGAUAAUUGACACGGUUGGACACUAUUCCGUAGUGCGAUACUUUAAGCGCCGGGAGUGGUCCCCGGCUCACUGCUCCAGGUCAGCUUUUUGA